UCGCGUCCAGUCCGCUUUCUCCAAGCCCAGACCACGAUGAGCUCUCCCGCUGCCACGGCCGCCGACCAAGAGGGGGAGGAGAUGCCCCCGACCAAGACAAGUCGAGUAGAAGAGGAGCAUCAAGACGAAGACCAAGCUCCCUGCGACCCGUGGACGUACUGCUGCCAAAGUGACUCGGAGUCCUGCCCAAGCCCCUCCGCCGCCGCCGCCGCCGCCAACGACUCCGAGGACGACCCGGAGGAUUUAACUGAGGAGGGACUGAAAGCGAGGAACGCUGUCCUGGCGGUGUCCAAGUCCGUCGUCGCCCUAGCCGCGUCCAUAGUGGGAGCAGAUGGGGAUCCCCCGUCCACCUUGGCCUGCACGGGCACGGUGGUCUCUCACGAGGACUCUGCGACCUGGAUCUUAACCUCUGCAACUCUCAUCAGGAAGCAGGGAACCGACACCGAGGUACAUGAAGCAUCCAUUGCCAAGAUUGAGGUGCUCCUGCAUAACAAGAAGGUUGUCAACGGGCAGUUGCUCAUGUAUGAUUUGCAGUAUAAUGUCGCUGUUGUUUCCAUUGAUAUUCAAGCCGAUCUCCCUGUAGUGGUGCUCAGUGACCUCCCUGAAUCCUACUUCUUGACACCUAGUCCGGUGGUUGCCAUUGCCCGGAAAUUUGAGUUUCAAAGUUUGCAGAUGAAACGCGGUAACACAUGCCGCACAGUUAGCGACUUAGACUGUAAUGAACUUAUGAUCAGCACUUGCCAAAUUGAGCAGGUUUUCAUUGGAGGGCUUCUGAUAGAUUUAGAGGAAAAAAUUGUUGGGAUGAAUUUCAUAGACGACGAAACUACUCCUUUCUUGCCAGUUCAGGUUGUUCGCGGAUGCCUGACACACUUUAAAAAAUUUCGGGAAAUCAAACAACCUUGGCUUGGAAUACGGGGACGAGCCCUUCAUGUGUUGGAAUUAGCCAAGCUGGAGAAAAUAUGCCAUCGGUGCCCUAAGCCACAUUCUGGUAUUCUUGUGGACAUGAUUCCUGAAGCAUCACGUGCAAAUUGUGAGGGCGUUGAGGUUGGUGAUAUCCUUAAUCAGCUUGAUGGAGUUGUUUUACACUCUCCAGGACAGGUAUUAUUUUGGAAAAAAUGGUCAUGUUAGUCUUUUCGCCAGUAUACAUUCUGCCAUAAAGAAAAGGCACUUUCUGUUUUUAUUUUGUCCUGAGUUCUAAUUUUUUUUUUGUCAUGGGUUGGUGGGUUGGGUUAUCAUAACUGUUGGAGGGAGGUCUAGAAAAACCACGAGGUAAAUUCUGAGGGUUUUAGAAAGUGUAGGCAAAAAAUAAAUAAAAUUGGGUUUGGUAAGUUUGUUUGUGAUUUUAUUUGCUUUGCCCUUUGCCUAAAAUUUAGGAUGUUACAUGAUUGAUGGAUCUUAAAUUUUCUGCUCAAUGUUCAUGAGUACUCCCUCCAGCCA